AGCCAUCUUGGAACGUAAUAAAGCGACGACUAAACGAAGUUAGUGCAGUCAGCUGACCUGUCUUGUGAUAGCGAACAGCUAGGCGAAAUCUUUGCUGGGUGGGUUCACUUCAGUCCGUCGCACGUCUCCGUAAGCAAUAAAGAAAAGAUGGCGAGCAAAGGUCUGUCAAAGGGUCGAGAUGGGGAGAAGGAGUCCGAAUAUGGAUACGUCUACGCAGUAUCAGGUCCAGUUGUCACUGCUGAGAAAAUGGCAGGAUCAGCUAUGUACGAGCUGGUACGUGUGGGUUACUACAAACUGGUAGGAGAAAUUAUUCGUUUGGAGGGAGACAUGGCCACCAUUCAGGUAUACGAGGAAACUAGCGGCGUGACUGUUGGAGACCCCAUUGUUCGUACCGGUAAGCCUUUGUCCGUAGAAUUGGGACCUGGUAUCCUUGGAAGCAUUUUUGACGGAAUUCAGCGUCCUCUUAAGGACAUCAACGAGCUUACGAGCUCUAUCUACAUCCCCAAAGGUGUAAACAUGCCUGCCUUGUCACGUACGGCACAGUGGGAAUUCAAUCCCUUAAAUAUCAAAAAGGGUAGCCACAUUACUGGAGGAGAUUUGUAUGGUAUUGUCCACGAGAACACCCUAGUUAAGCACAAGAUGAUCCUUCCACCAAGAAGCAAGGGUACUGUAACAUACAUUGCACCUCCUGGCAACUACACUGUCAAUGAUAUCGUCCUUGAAACAGAGUUUGAUGGAGAGAAGAACAAGUUCACCAUGCUUCAAGUUUGGCCAGUACGUCAGCCACGUCCAGUUACUGAAAAAUUACCAGCAAACCAUCCUCUGUUGACUGGUCAACGCGUUCUGGAUUCACUUUUCCCAUGUGUGCAAGGAGGUACCACUGCCAUUCCUGGCGCUUUCGGGUGUGGUAAAACAGUAAUUUCACAGGCUCUGUCGAAAUACUCUAAUUCGGACGUCAUUAUUUAUGUUGGUUGUGGUGAACGUGGUAACGAAAUGUCUGAAGUACUUCGUGAUUUCCCUGAGUUGUCUGUCGAAAUUGACGGUGUUACCGAAUCCAUCAUGAAGCGUACUGCUCUCGUAGCCAAUACAUCCAACAUGCCUGUCGCUGCCCGUGAGGCUUCUGUUUACACUGGUAUUACACUAUCCGAAUACUUCAGAGAUAUGGGCUAUAACGUAUCUAUGAUGGCCGAUUCUACCUCACGUUGGGCUGAAGCUCUUCGUGAAAUUUCUGGUCGUUUGGCUGAAAUGCCUGCCGAUUCCGGCUACCCUGCGUACUUGGGAGCUCGAUUGGCCAGUUUCUAUGAGCGUGCUGGAAGAGUGCAGUGUUUGGGUAAUCCAGAUCGUGAGGGUUCUGUCAGUAUUGUAGGAGCCGUAUCACCUCCUGGUGGAGAUUUCUCAGACCCUGUGACCACUGCCACCUUGGGUAUUGUGCAGGUGUUCUGGGGUUUGGACAAAAAACUUGCUCAGCGAAAACACUUCCCGUCAAUCAAUUGGUUGAUCUCUUACAGUAACUACAUGCGAGCUUUGGAUGACUUUUAUGACAAAAACUUCCAGGAAUUUGUUCCACUGAGAACAAAAGUAAAGGAAAUCCUUCAGGAGGAAGAAGACUUAUCAGAAAUUGUGCAGCUUGUCGGUAAAGCUUCCCUUGCUGAAACUGAUAAAAUUACUCUUGAAGUUGCCAAGCUUCUUAAGGACGAUUUCCUUCAACAGAACAGUUACUCCGCAUACGAUCGUUUCUGCCCAUUCUACAAGACGGUCGGCAUGCUACGCAAUAUGAUUGCAUUCUACGAUAUGGCCAGGCAUGCGGUAGAAUCGACAGCUCAGUCAGACAACAAAAUCACCUGGAAUGUGAUCCGUGAUAGCAUGGGCAACAUUCUUUACCAACUCAGCUCUAUGAAAUUCAAGGACCCAGUGAAGGACGGUGAAGCAAAGAUAAGAGCAGACUUUGAACAACUGCACGAGGACAUCCAACAAGCGUUCAGAAAUCUAGAGGACUAAAUAUUCUUCCCACCACUCAUUUUAACACUCUUUUGGUAUUUAAUCAUUUAGGAUUGUGGCUAUUUAAAGGUGUUCCUAUGUCAUUCAAACUUGGUCGUUUUCGAAUUUAAAACUGAAACCAGGGAGGGGCAUUGCUGGUAUUUGAUAAUUCCGCGAAAUAAUAAAUAUACGCUAUCUAACCAGCGUAACGGUGAAUUGUAUAAACACUCAAUGAGAUAAUUCUACUCAAUGUAUUUAUAGGGUACAUUUCAUUAUAUCUAGAAUAGCUGUCUUUUCUCCUUAGAGAAAAUACUCUUUCGUACUGGACUUCAAUCGAGACAAUAAAAAGGAACCCCUUUAAAUGAGAGCCAAUAAAUGACCUCAUCGAAAAUGUGUUUCCAAUCGCGCGUAAGUUAUUCCUAUUUAGAGAAUAAAAAUAGCUUGUUUUCUGAUUAGAAUCAUCCAUUGGUACGCAGUUUUUUGCUACCUGCUCUAAUGUAUCUAUACGAUUUUUCGGUGAUUAACGUCAAAGACAGGUAACUUGAACAGCUUAAAGGAUUAUUUUGAUAAUAAAACAUAGCACGUGUACAAUACAGAAUUCCUUUUGAGGAAAACUCUCGACCCAUCUGCUAGUGAAGGACGAUAAUAUCAUAUUCGAUCGAAAAACACAUGGCCUUGGUGUUUGAAUUAACGGAUCCUGCGAUGGCACGACAGUUUUCUAACAGAGGACACAAUAUGAAAUCAUGGAGUAUUAUUGUACCAUAUGUUAUACACGUAAUAGAAUUAAACGUUAGGAUAAUAAAGUUAUAUUAUAUUAACGUUGAAGCGUUAAAAUCAUGUAGAAGUGUAAGAUGCUAGUUUAAAAAUGAGGUGCUGGGUUUACGUUAUGAAAAACUUCAUCUACACAGUAUCCGAAAUUCCAGCAGCUUCAGUACCAUUUCCAAUGUACGAUAUGUAAAGAAUAAAAGUUAUGCACAAAAAGCGAAAA